AUGAAGGACUUUUUCAAUAAAUUGUGUUCGAUAUUAUUGGAAGAAUACUUUGGCCCUAACGUACAACGUAUUGGUAAUAAUUUAUUAUAUGGCACAAAAACAUUGAGUGCAUUACGCCUUGGAACGGGUCUACCGGUAGCGAAGAUAAAAGAAGGAUUAUGUGUUCUUAUAAAAUAUGGUUAUGUCACAUAUCAUCGAAAUAACUAUCAAGUCGAGUAUACUUUACAUCAAAACAAGAUUAUUACGCUUCUUCGCUAUCCAAAAUAUAUAUUUUUUGUAAAAACUUAUUGCGGAGACGAGGCCGAGAUUAUGUUGGAAGAGGUAUUAAAACAUGGGUAUAUUACAGCAUCUGCAGUAAUAAUAGAGACAUAUAAACGAAUAGAACGGACACCCUCUAAGUCUGCUCAACCACCUUCUAUUCCAAAUCUAAAAGAUGUAUUUGAACUAUUAGUAAAAAAUCAAUUUUUAAUGCAUAGAAUAUCUUUUGAAACAGGAGCAGAGAAUACUGAAAAACCUAAUUAUAACUUACCAAAUCUUGAUGUAACAGUCAUUUCAAAUAUGUUGCAAGGACAAAAUGCUAAACCUAUAGAUAAUGGAAUAUAUUGGAAAGUAAAUUUUGAUCGACUUACUCAAGACCUUCGGGACCAGAUUGUUAUACAAGCAAUGACUCAAAGAUUUGAUGUACAUGCUGGGCAAUUGAUGAGACAAUUAAUUAAUUUGAUGUAUUUGCGAACUGCAUCUUGGGCAGCUACAUCAAAUCCAAUUCCAUAUACCGAGAUUAAAGAAGAAGUGAGAAAAUUAAAUUAUGAAGAACUCGAACAUUAUCUUGAUCAAUACUUACGGCUCUUAGAAGAAGAUAGUACACAAUUUAUUAAACGAGUCGGUGAUUCUGGUGGAGGGCAAUAUAGCGUUAAUAUGAAAAACGCAUUUAAACAGUUGACAUGGGAAACUUUGGAGCAUAUCGUAACAAAUAGAUUUGGUUCCAAAGCCGGAAGAAUUUUCAGGUUAGUUCGUAACGAAAAGGAUGUUAAUUUAGAGCAAAUUCAAAAUUUAGCAAUGAUUCCAGCAAAAGAAGCUAAGUCUUUAACGUAUAAUUUGACACAAGAAAAUUAUAUACAAAUUCAAGAAAUAAAGAAAAGUGGAUCUGCGUCAGCACCGACGAAAUCACCUUUUCGCUUUUGCAUUGACUUAACUAAAAUUGUCGAAAUGGAGAUUGAACAUUGUUAUCAAUCGUUGUAUAACAUUAUAAAAAGACGAGAUCAUGAAUCGGCUAGUAAUAAACGCAUGAUAGAAAAACAAUUGAGAGUGCAAAUACUUUCUGCCAACUUAAAAGAACAUGGCGCCACGGAACAGCAGCUGGCCGAUAUUGCAGAAAUGAUGACGCCAUCUGAGACUCAACAGCUCGAGAAAGCACAAAACGCAAUUAAAAAACUAGCGGCUACAGAGUUACAAAUAGAUGAAACCUUAUUUAUAUUAAGUAUGUAUUUUCGUUAUCAUUAAAUUAAAAAAUUAAUUUAUUUAUAAUAAUUUAAUAAAUGAUCAUUCGCUUCUAAUUCUUCAUUUUCUUCUGUAUGAUAUUUACGCAUGUAAAAAUGAAAGUCUUGUAUUUAUUCAUUUAUAUAGUUCAUAUUUAUUUAUGUGUAAUAAUGAUUACGCUUGUAAAAUACAAACAACAAAGAGUACCUAGCUUUCAAAUUAUUAUAAUAAAUAUAAUCAUAUAUUUUUUAUGUUUAUAAUAGUGCUGUUCUCUAUUAUGAUAUACAGUGCAUUUGAUGUCUCUAUCUAUGAAGAAAAGUCAUCUUGGAUCGCGUCAAUAUAAAUAAAUAAUUGAAAUUUAUCACGAUUUUGAUAUGCAUAUUUUGCAAUAAUGAUCAAUAUAUGCACACUUUUUGUCAAAACAAAAUGAAACAUAAAGGAGAUUUAAUCAAGUGACUCACAGCCAGCGUGUGAUACGUUCUUGAUAAGAUUUAUAUUAUGCUCGACAAAAGUAUCAUUAUUUUCAGACAUAAUAUUUUAUUAUUAUAAUAAUAAUAACUGCGAAGACAUUUUAGAUUUAUUUUAGUAAUUUUAUACUGCAUUAUGUGCGUUCCAAAGAAUGACUUUUCCUUUGUUCUAUCGUAUGCUUUGUACGUUCAUCUUAACACUGCCGCGAUGAAGACUAUUCCGUUACAGGUAUAUGUUGAACAUGUAUCAAUAAAUAAAAUUUAAAUUGUGUUAUCAGUAGCAAUUCACCCAUCAUUCUAAACAUAUAUUUUGAUUUUAUGCUAUUGAUACCGAUAAUAUACUACGACACGAGUAGUGUUAAGAUGAUCGCGAGAAUUUUAUUUCACUCACACAUUAUUUGACUGUUUUUAUGCUCUCUUAUCUUUCACUCUGUCUUUCUUUUCACUCUCUCCUCUUUCGCUAUUUUACUUUCUCUCCCGUUCAUUCGGUCUCCCCAUUUGCACUGGUACUCCAUAACUAUAUACAUUCCUCAUACAUACAAGUUUUUUUUCAUCUAGAAAUAGUGUCGUAUACCCCUAAAACUAAAGUUGAAUUUCGAUAAAGCGUUAUUUUAUUAUAUUUUUUUAUACCAUUAACAACAACGUACAUGUAAAUGAAGUGAAUGCUUGGAAUAUUGGAGAGCGGAUGUUAGUGUUCACUUUUUCUUUACGUUAAAUAUACUAUAAUAUUAGUAGUGUAAUUCGAUUUACAAUUUACUAUUCUUACAGUUUGCAUUCGCAUUGGUUGCAUGUAAAGGCCAGUAAAUAUAAUAAUCGUGUGCUGAUAUAUUAUCGCAUAACAUUCGUGAUAUCUGAAAAUAAAGAGAUCGCCACGGAUUAAAUAUCGUUGCUAAUUUCAACGAUCGUAUGGACUGAAAUCGCAAUCGAUGGAAUGCAGAACCGAUUUUUAUUAAAGCAAACACUGCGAUCAACAAAACCGAGUUAAAUUUUUGAUAUGGGAAAUAUGGGUCGAAUUCUACGCACGUUACAUCAUCAGACAUCAUAUGACUUUAUAAAAUUUUGCAAACAUAAAAGCGCAAUUAAUUUUUUUAAUAUUCACGACAACGAAGUUAUGGCACAAUUUAAAAAAAAUGCAAAAUAGGCAGAUAUUUCACCUGAAACAUUUAAUCUUUCAGCUAAGUGAAAAAUUGCCGUUGUCUAACAGUAAAAUGAUUAAAA